AUGGACGAUCUACUGGGAGAAGACUGGCAGGCUCCGGCUAAGCCUACGAAUAAGGCUCCUAACAACCCAGCAGCCUUCGCUUCCACUUACAGUAGCUACCGAGCCAGCCCAAUGUUACAACCGUCUGCUUCUGGGUCAGCCUCGCCGCAGACCAUCUCUCGACCAUCGAGCACUGUCAAUAACGCACCCAAGACGGGCGUAGACAGUUUUGGUAGUCUGCUAGGGAACAAAGCACAGAAACCAAGCAGUAGCACAUUAUCUAUCCAGGACCGACAAAGGCAGCUAGUGGAGGAGAAGCGGCGGCAGCAGGAACAGCAGUCUCAACUAUGGGAUACUCUAGGAAGCGGCAGAGGGACACCGGAGGUGCGGGCCACGUCACCUGCCCCACCACAUGCGCAGGAGGAUGUUGAUGAUAUCUUGGCUGCGUUCAAUAAAGAUGCGCCUGUCGAUCGGGCGAGCCACAUGUCACUGCCCGUCAGCUCGACCGCGACAAGUGGAAGGAAUACUCCUGUAACAGUGCCGUAUUCCCAAUCAUUUGCCAGCCACGAAGCUGGCUUCGAGGCCGACGACGACGACGACCCUUUUGGUCUGGCCGCAAAAUCUGGUCGUGGUAACGGGCAUACUAUUGUCCCUGCUCAGCACGUGCCGGUCGAUGACGAUGACAUUCUGGGCGACUUAGGUAAGCCAGCCGUCGAGCGGCCGCAAGAAAACAAAGCCUCCGAGCCACCACCUCGACGUCACGAUCUGGGAGGCGAUGGAUUCAACGUAUCCCACAAGUCAACGCCUGGAGACAGUGCGCUCGCUGAGCUGGUGGAUAUGGGGUUCUCAGCUGACGCAGCUACAAUUGCAUUGUCCGAGACCGGUGGCGACGUGCAAGACGCUGUUGGCUACCUUUUACAACAAGCGCAUGAAGAGUCUAAGCAGAAGGCGCGAUCUGAAGCGCAAGCCACGCGACAACGAAGUCCCGUCCAUGGCGGAAGAAGUCCAAUGCGAAGUUCACGAGGUGAGCAUAGUGGAGGGCCAGCAUAUAUGCGAGACGAUGAGCGGUCGACUUCAGCUGCGCGGCGGCAAGACAGCAGAUCUCCUGCAAAUGGUGAGAAAGAUGCUUCGCAGGUUGCGCAAGAACUUGGCAACAAGCUCUUCAAGGGCGCAAACUCGUUAUGGAAAGCUAGUCAAAAGCAGAUGGCGAAGACCAUGUCAGACUUCCAGCAAGAACGCGAUGCCAGCCAGCCAAAAUGGAUGCAGGAACCUAGCCCAGAUACGAGUCGCGCCAGUAGUCAGCGUCGACAGCCGCCUCCGAAGCCUACUGCGAGGAAGCCUCCAGUCGAUGUCACGGAUGAGGCUGCAAUGUUGGACACGCCACGAGAGCCUCAAUUUCAGAAGCCUACCCGAUCACAAGACAUCGAAAGAGUCUCAGACCUUCCGCAUAGAGGUCGUUCGCCUGUCGAAACUCUGCAACAGCGCUCACCACCUCAAUCCAGGUUUGUGCAACAGCCUGUACCUCAGCAAGACAAGAGACCACCAACCAAGCUGAGGCGUGAAGAAGUGGAAGAUCAGACCGGGCAAGCCUAUGUUAGUCCCGCUAGGCGUAAGCGACCAACUCCACAGCCCACAGCACAGCCUCAGCGGGAGGUGGAUCUGUUCAGCCCGGCACCAGUGCAAGCACCUGCGCCGACGCCGCCAGUAGUGGGAACAAGGCAGGCUCCAUCUGUUGUGCGAUCAGCACCGGCUAUAAAACGUCCAUCAGCACCGCCACGCGAUCUACCUCCAGUAUCGCCUUCUGCUCUUGCAAUGUCAGCCAAGCAUCGGAAAGCAGGUGGCGAGUCGUUCAAACGUGGAGACUACGCUGCUGCCCACGGGUCAUACACCGCAGCUUUGACACCUCUACCUGCUACUCAUCCGAUCACGAUUAUAGUCUUGACCAAUCGAUCUUUGACUGGCUUGAAGACCGGUGAGGCAAAGACCGCAGUAGUUGAUGCUGAUCGUGCACUUGAGAUCAUUGGCUCAAGUCAAGGUGUUGGUGAGACCAUCGAUCUUGGUGGCGAAGGACUGAAGGACAUGCGCGAUUUCUACGGCAAAGCUGUUAUGCGCAAGGCCGAAGCUCUCGAGCACAUGGAGAAAUGGACAGAUGGUGCAGCGGCCUGGCGUCAGGCCAUCGAGGCUGGCGUCGGAGGUGCUGUCAGCCUGAGAGGCCGUGACAGAUGUGAGAAAGCUGCCAAUCCGAAGGCUGCAGCGGCUACAACCAACGGCAGCGGAGCGAGACCUCCGGCCAAGAAAGCACCCCCUGCUCGGCCACUGGGCAAUAGCUUGAACCGUCCUACCUUGACCUCACCAUCUUCCGCCGCGGCAGUGACCAAGCUUCGCGAUGCAAAUGCCGCUGCUGAGAAAGCCGACGAUGAGAAGUUUGCUCUUAUUGACCAAGUCGAUGCACGAUUGACUGCAUGGAAAGGCAGCAAAGCGGACAAUCUCCGCGCUCUACUGCAAAGUCUCGACAAUGUGCUAUGGGAAGGGGCGGGAUGGAAGAAGGUUGGUAUGAGCGAUCUAGUGAUGCCGAACAAAGUCAAAAUAGUGUAUAUGAAGGCGAUUGGGAAGGUGCAUCCUGAUAAGAUACCGCAAGACGCCACUACCGAGCAGCGCAUGGUCAGUGCCGCCGUAUUCAGCACGUUGAACGAAGCCUGGGAUAAGUUCAAGACAGACAAUAAGCUCUGA